CUUCCUCCUCUUCGAAAUCUCCGACUACAAAAUCGAUCAAUCUCUCGGAAAAAUGAUCGUGUAUUAUCUCUCUCAAUCUCACUGCCUCCUAAUGCAUCUCUCUCUCCUCAUCACGGUUGCUGCUGCUGCGGAGUUUAGUGGAGCUGAUUGCGGCGGGAUUCAGCAAGGCGGAUCCUGCUACGAUCCACCGGAUAUAGUGAAGAUGGCUUCGUAUGUUUUCAAUAACUAUUACCUGAAGAACGGUCUCGCAGAUGAAGCUUGUAACUUUAGUAACAACGCAGCUGUUACUUCUCUCGAUCCUAGUCAAGGAACAUGCAAGUUUCCUUCAAGGGAGUAAAUGGAAGUAUCGCGGAUGCCACUUCAACGCAGGAAACAACUGCACCAGAAUCCUCAUAUUUAAACCGAGCAAGGCGGAUGUUUAGCAGCUGGUUGUUGCCCUUCGUCAUUUUAAGCCACAUUGUGACAAUAACUCAACUUUUUUAAG